UCGCAUAUCCUUCCUGCGCCUUUAUUCCUCCUCUCGCUGCCCUCCUCCCUCUCUUUCUUCUCCUCCUCUGGACGAGCUCACAGCAUCCAUCAUCCCCAGCCUGCUCUCUUUGAGACUCCAUACAAUCCUCCAUCCAAACGGAGUCUUUUCAAGAGGAAUCUUUGGGAAUGAGUCUCAAAUCAGCGAUGUUCCUGCGUAUACUGCUGAGCACCAUCUGCCUCUUUGUCCUGUCAUCCUCUGCUGUCCUCAGUUCUGCCACAGAUGAUUCCUCAGUCUUAAAAGUGGCUAUUCCUGCCAGCUCACCAGUGUCUGCUGUUUUGGGUGGCUCUCUGACGCUGCCCUGCCUGGUGAGUCUUCCCCGGACGGGAUCUUUGGGUCGACAUGCUGUAUUGACGCAGCCACGGGUCAAAUGGAGCUUUCUUUCAUCAGACAGAGAGACAGAGAUUCUGGUGGCCCGUGGUGAGCGGGUGAAGGUGAGUGAGGCUUAUAAAGGCAGAGCGUCACUGCUCAAUUAUGCUACCUCUUCAGCUGAUCUCACCCUCAGACUGGAGGGACUGAUACACAACGACACAGGCUUCUACCGCUGCGAGGUCCAGCAUGGCCUGGAGGACGCACAUGACCAGGCUCAAGUCAAAGUUAAAGGGGUCGUCUUCCUCUACCGCCAUACCUCAAGUCGCUAUGCCUUCACUUUUGAUGAGGCCAGAGAUGCAUGUAAGGACAUCGGAGCUGAGAUUGCUUCUCCAGAGCAGCUGCUGGCUGCUUAUCACAGCGGUUAUGAGCAGUGUGAUGCUGGCUGGCUUUCAGAUCGCUCUGUCAGAUACCCGAUCCAGAUGCCUCGGGAAGGGUGUUUUGGAGACAUGGAUGGAUUACCAGGCGUUCGUAACUAUGGCAUGAUGGAGAAUGACGACCUCUAUGAUGUAUAUUGCUAUGUGGAGAACAUUCACGGGGAGGUUUUUCAUGGCUCGACCCUGCAGCGCUUCAGCUUGUCAGAGGCAAAGGCGUACUGUGAGCAGCAGGAUGCUCAGCUCGCCACCACAGGUCAGCUGUACGCUGCCUGGAAUGAUGGUCUGAACCACUGCAGUCCAGGCUGGCUUGCUGACGGAAGCGUUCGCUAUCCCAUCGUGACCCCCCGUGAGCGCUGUGGGGGCUCUGAACCUGGCGUCAAGACCAUCUAUCGCUUUAGCAAUCAAACAGGAUUCCCUGAACCAAACACUCGCCAUGAUGCUUACUGCUUCAAAGCUAACAGCAACUCUCAAACAGCCCCUCCUGCAGAUUAUAUGGCAACAUCGCCAGAGGAAACAGAGCAACAUAUUGUAACUUUAGCAGAACCCCAAGAGGAAUACAGUGUGCAUCAGGUCACUCAGCAAUCUGAAAAUGAAGCUCAGGGAGCUGUUGAGUCCUUUUCCAUUUACAGCACACAAACUGCUUCAGAAGCUGAGGAACACAACCAUACCUCAAGCCCUCAAGAAGACUUUACUAUUGGCUCCAGAAAAGACCUCACCACUCCAACCAGCACAGAGGGAAAUACUGAAACCACUGAGGUCACCUGGCAAAACGUUGAGUCCGUUCCAGAAAUUUACAAUGAUCCAAAACACAAUAAUUUCAUGCUAGAGGGAGAACCUGAAAUAAAAGCUUCAGCAGUCGAUGGUGUGAAGAGCAGCAAUCAUAGACACUACCAACCAAUGCCAGAUACCAAUCUAGAGCCAGGGGAGCCUAUUGACUUCAUCCCACCUACAGAGGCUCAUCAUGGGACAACAGAGGAACCGUUCUCUCCGCCAAAGGAGAUCAAUGGGUCCAAACACUACCAACCCAUGCCUGACACCAACCUGGAUGAUGAAGAUGAAGAUCAUAUGACCACUCGGAGCACUACACUGCAAUAUGACUCAAGCAAUAACACUACAACUCAAGAUGCUGCAGUCCAGUCAACGUAUCAUUCUGAAGGUGCUACAUUAGAGACAAAUGCAGGAAAUAUCACAGAGACUCCAGAGUCAGAUGAAGACCAGGGUCUUUUUACACACACAACUCAGCCCACCUCAAUGACCACAUCCGGCAGGGAAGGUUGGUUGGAGGGUUCUGGUGAAGAUUUUACCACAGAAGAAGCAAUACAUCUGGAUUCGACCACAAAAGAAGCAAUAAACAUGGAUUCGACUACAGAUGAAGCAAUACAUCAGGAUUUGACAACAAAAGAAGCAAUACACCUGGAUUCAACCACAGAAGAAGCAAUGUUCAGCACACAUAAAUCAGAGACAUAUGGAGCAUCUACAGCUGAGACUUUGACAGAGAGCUACUCAUCAAGACAUCUGAACAAUAUUAGCCCAACUGAUGAUGUUACUGAUCAUUCCAUUUUGAGCACAACACUGAAGGAAACUGAACUGUCUGAAGGCUCUGGAGAUCAUGACGAGGUCCUGCCAGCCACACUCAUGACCACACCUAUGCCUCAUCUACAGGACUCAUCCACCACACAUGCGCCUGUACAGCUGGAAAUCAGUUCUACACAAGAAAUUGAAGGAGUUCUCUCUGAAAGCACCACUACAUCUGCCCUCGGAGUUGUGGUAGAAGAAUUGGAAAAGGUGGAGCAAGAAGGGCUUGGGGAACAACCUGACAACAAAAUCACCACAUCCACUGAGCUUAAUCAUUCUACAGUAACUCUGAGCAUCAAUGGCAGUGAUGAAGAGGAAUCUUCAGGAGAACCUUCAGAAAACUGGGCUUCGGUAACUAAAAACCCAUACUCAAAUGCAGCCACCAUCACUCCUUCUAAUCUAACAGAUAUGCAAGAGCACAACAAAACCAAUAGUGAUGAUGAUGAUAAUCAGGCCAUCACUGUGGUACCCACAACGAAUCUGGAGGUUACGUUUCUUCCUCAUGGGACUCAGACCUCCAUCUGGCAGAGCGUGGUGACAAGCCCAGGAGAGUUGAAUGCAGAUGUUGAGUUCAGUGGAGAAGCUGCACUGACCACAGAUGACAUGAAAGCAUUAGAGGAAUCUGAAUCCACCCAUUUACCUAUCAAUGAGCAGACCAAGGAAACUGUAAAACCAUCCAGCACGACAGAUCAUAAUGAAGCUGAUGAUGAUGAGGAUGAUGAUGAUGAUGAACUCAUAACUAAAGCAAUCACAGGCAAUAAAGAAGAUGAGAAUGAUGUCAAAACCACACACGAGUCCUUCAUUCUACCUGUCAGACCUACACAGAGAGUGCUCAUCAGAACAAGCUACAUUUCAGAUGCAUGUUUGGAAAACCCUUGCAAAAAUGGAGGCACCUGUGUGGACAGUGGAGGAGAUCAAAGGUGUCUCUGUUUGCCUACCUAUGGAGGAGACUUCUGCGAGACAGAUCUAGAGCAUUGUGAACCAGGCUGGGAGAAGUUCCAGGGGUUUUGCUACAAGCAUUUCGCCAAGCGUCAGAAAUGGGAAGUGGCAGAGCAGCACUGUCGCAUGUGCGGAGGUCAUCUGGUAUCAGUUAUGUCACCUGAGGAACAGUUGUUCAUCAAUGAUAAAUACAGGGAGUAUCAGUGGACGGGCCUCAACGACAAAACAAUUGAGGGAGAUUUCCGUUGGUCAGAUGGAAACCCUCUGCUCUACCAAAACUGGUAUCGUGGUCAACCAGACAGCUACUUCCUAUCAGGAGAGGACUGUGUUGUUAUGGUGUGGUAUGAUGACGGCCGCUGGAGUGAUAUCCCCUGUAACUACCAGCUUUCCUACACCUGCAAAAAGGGCAUUUCAGCAUUCUGUGGUCAACCCCCUCUUGUGCUGCACGCUAAGAUGUUUGGACGUCGUCAGUUAAAGUACAGGGCGAAUUCACAGGUGCGCUACUACUGUGAGUCAGGCUUUAUCCAGAGGCAGAACCCUAUCAUCACCUGUCAGAGCAACGGACUGUGGGAGGAACCCAAAAUCAUGUGUUCACCAGUGGGACCAGCGUAUUCAAAUGGAGAUCUGGUAACAUGGCGCACAGGUCAGAACAAGGAAAUAGUCAUAGAAGACACAACAACAAAAACACCUGAAUAUUUGGAUAUAAAAUGGAACUUUUAAAACAAGCACACUGAAUAGUUGCAUUACAUGCCUUUGUUUAUCAUGUCAUCCUUAAAGACGUCCACCCAUCCAAAUUCUUUAUAUAAUAUCAAUGCUGCAUUAGAAAUCAGUCCAGCUUAACGUUGGUUCUCAACCGUUAAUUCCAAUUGGAUAACAGUUUAAGUACUGCAAACAUCUAUUAUAAGACUAAAGCAUCAUUAAUGUUCAUUUUUUUCUCUCCUCUCGUUUCUGCUCCAUUGUCUGUGUACACCAUGACACUGAAUUACAUUUAGUAAUUCUAAGAUAAAGCACACUUGAUAAAAAGCAGCAUCCAAUCAAAGCUUGUAACAGUUGGACUAGACACCUAUCCUGUUUCAGUUUGUUUUGUUUUUAAUAAAUUAUAAGUUAAACCUA